GCAUCAUUGCUUUGACUGACAUCCUCUCCGUCUACGAGUAGCUGUCCUCGUAUUGCUACUUACCCUACCUUCGUCAUUUUCCCGUGACGUACUUGAUCUUUGCGAAUUCAGCGACUGGCAUUUGUUUCCGCGUCCUCUGCGAUCCCUUCUCUAAUUCUUCAUCGGCCUUUCAUCACCCAGAAACAGCCUUGAUCGAGACUGACCAUGGCGUAUCAAGGCCAGGCCUCUGGCUAUUACAACAAUCAAGGCAUGGGCAAUGCUCCCUACCAGCAGCUCGGCGGCCAGUAUUACCCUCCUCCACAGGGCCCUCCUCAAGGGUACCAACAACCAUUCCAGCCAUCAUAUCAACAGCAACCGCCGCAACAAUCCUAUCCCCUGCAGGAUGUCCCGCCGCAACAGCCUGACCCCAAAUACAACCAGCAUCCUCCCGACUAUGGCCAGUACACCCCGCCGCAGGAGGGCAAGGAAACUUUUCAAGAGACAUUCAAAAUCCAGAAACCAAAAUAUAAUGAUAUCUGGGCCGGACUUCUGUACAUUGCGGUCUUUUGCGGCUUUGUCGCCGUCUCUGGUAUUUCACUUCAACGCUAUUCCAGAUAUCAUUCCUUCAACGGCGGCGGCAUCUAUGGAUCCUCUAACGACUUCUCUCUUGACACGAAUACCCUCAUCCUCUUCGUCUUCGUCUUGGCUGUCGGCUUUGUCGUCUCUUGGGCAUACUUUCUCGCUGCGCGCGCAUUUACCAAACAAUUUGUCUGGCUGACGGGUAUACUCAAUUGUGUCCUGGCUGUCGGCACCGCAGCCUACUAUUUGUACCUCCGGCUUUGGGGUGCUGGAAUCGUGUUUGCCAUUUUCGCCAUUUUCGCUAUCCUCGCCUUCAUCAGUUGGAUUCCAAGAAUUCCCAUGACGGUGGUCAUGCUCCAGCAGACCAUGGAUGUGGCCCGCAUGCCAAAGAUCCAUGUGUUUUUCAUCAGUUUGAUGGGAGGAAUAGUCAGCUUGGCCUUUGGCGCAUGGUUCUCUGUGACCCUGGUCGCUGUAUACACUGCUUACAUGCCCAGCGACUCCACCAGCAACCCCAAUCCUUCAUGUGCCUCUGGGGGAUGCUCGAGCGGUCGAGUGAUUGGCCUGGUCGUCUUCGUGACUUUUGCUGGGUAUUGGAUUACGGAGUUUACAAAGGCCGUCAUUCACACCACAGUGGCCGGUCAGUACGGUGCUUGGUACUUCUGCGCCGGCAAGCCGAGUGGCAUUCCCAGUGGUUCCGCAUUCGGUGCUUUCCGACGUGCCACUACGUACUCUUUUGGCUCUCUCUCCUUCGGUAGCUUGAUCAUCGCCCUGAUCAACAUGCUGCGUCAAGCUUGCAGUAUCGCGCAACAGAGCGAAGCUGCGGACGGCAACAUGAUCGGAAUGAUUAUGUACUGCGUGCUCGGGUGCAUCAUCAGUAUGUUGCAAUGGUUGGUGGAGUUCUUCAACCGUUACGCAUACUGUCACAUUGCUUUGUACGGCAAGGCCUACAUCGCAGCUGCCAAGGACACAUGGAAGAUGAUGAAGGACCGAGGCUGGGAUGCACUGGCACAGGACUGCCUGGUUGGACCUGUGGUCAGCAUGGGAGGACUGUUUGUCGCAUACCUCUGCGCUCUUCUCUCCUACCUGUACCUCGAGUACACCAAACCUGCGUACAACGAGGGCCGGACUUUCACACCGGUUAUCAUGGCCUUUUCCUUCCUGAUUGGAAUGCAGAUUUGCAAGACAUUCACCAUGCCCAUCACAUCAGGCACCGAGACCAUUUUUGUUGCCCUGGCAUGGGACCCUCAAGUCGCCAUCACAGACCAUCCUGAGUUCUGGGAAAGACUGGUCCAUGUUUACCCACGGGUUCAACAGAUGAUCAACGCAUAAAGCUCGCAGCCUUUUCGGCAGAGAGCGAUGCAGUGUCGCCCUGCUUUGGGCGUCCAUACUAAAACAUGAGUUGCUUGUACCUUCGUCUAGCCUUCCACAGCCACAUUGUUCCAAUACAUUUAUUUCGACAUGAUCCACAACAUCUUUUCUUGACGCACAAGGUGACGCAUCGAGGUAAAAUGUGCAAGUGUCGGUGGGAAAUCUACGAAUAAAUGAACAGACUGAAGCGCCAAGGCAGGCACUGUGACUCAUUCCCAUCCUUAGGACUUGAACCCAACCAAUUGCGAAAUGAGCUCCCAGGUGUUAGCAUAUCAUUUGUCGUGAUUGGGCUGGAACGAAGAAAUGCCCGGAUUGAAGAGACGCAGCGAUAUGAUGGGUUGGCAAAUUAUAGGUGUUGAAAGUCAUUGGAUGAUCGAGUCGGAGAACGCCUUAGGCAGCCCUCUACCCGUUUUAUACAUCCUUCUUCGGACAAAGUAAGGGUCUUUCUUCCUAAAGCAACUUGGCUGUGGUCCUCAAUUCGUUGACCUUAUGCGUGAGACUUAAGUGGACUUUGCAUCUACAGCCCCGUUAGGGCUCGCAUCCUGAAUCGGGCGUCUUCAGGCGCUGCUCGUGUGACUGUUGGAGUGGGGGCUAGUGAAUCGGGCGAUGACGAAGUUUAAGAGAUUGACUAAAUUUGAAUAACCGGUCGUUCAUUUCUGUAGGCUGGCUGAGGAGUUCUAUGAUGGUCCAGCAUGAAUUGUGUGGAAGGCUUUCAAGGCGUCUAUUUUGAGGCAUGAGCGUUCUCCAUGAGCUGGGAACUUUCUGGGCCCGAGGGCCGCACACUCGUUCAGCUGGGGUCCAAAGACCGGCUACCCAUCCCUCUGAAC